AUGGUCCCUGUUCCGGGCACUCCCGUUGGUGGGGAGCGCCCCCGGCGGCGGCCGCCGGAAGGCGCUGGAGGGGCUGAUGCUAUGGAGGUCGACCCCGGCAGUCCUGCUGCUCCUAGGCGGCUCUUCUGCCCCGUGGGCGGUUGCCCUUGUGCGGAUGCUAACUCCGCCCGUGGGUGGACCUCCGACAGCACUGUGCGAGCACAUGUAGAUGCUCAUUUGGCGGGCUCGCUCAGUGGUCGGGUUCCUGCGGCUUGGCUUCAAGAUCGCUCUUUGCAGCAGUGCUUGGUGUGCGGGUUGUCUGUGUCUACUCGCUUCGGCAUCCAUCCCACGUGCAGGCCUGCUGCUAGGGCUGUGGGCGGUGCGGUCGGGAGCGGCCCCAGGGACACUGACGGCCCUCUUCCGUCCUUAGCCGAGAUCCAGUGCAGCUACACGCCGACUCUGCGGCAUGUUCCCCCUAGCGCCCGCUAUGCUUGGGGGCAAGCACUGACUCGGGCAUGUGCGGCGGUGGCUGAAUACAACGAUGAGGCCGCUUGGGUUCAUUUAUUACUUAUGCUGCCCAAAUGUGUGCUAUGCAGCCCCCGCCGGGGUGGCCGGAAACAUCAGCGCACCGCAGCCGCCUUCACCAUCGAACGCCUCAAGCGUUGGAAUGAUGGCGAGCGGGCCUCUUUGUGGGCCAGUCGGCCUCAGCCGCAGCGGCCCCAUGGCCGUGACAUGACGGCGGAGCAGAAGCGGGACUUCGCCACCGGCCUUGCCAGAGAAGGCUUCGACAAGAAGGCCUGCACGGCCUUGCUUUCGCACGGUCUCUGCGACCACUCCCAGGCAACAGUUGCAGCCUUGCGCGCCCUCCACCCCACAUCUGCAGCACCAGUCGUCCCUGCAUUGGAGAGCUUGCCGUUGGCGCCCGGGUUCGAUGUUGAUGCGGUGACGCAAGCCCUUCGCCGCUUCCCUUCAGCCACGGCGCCGGGGCCUAGUGGCCUCCGAGUGCAGCACCUCUUGGAUGCUGUGGGGCAUGGCGUUGGGCUUCUGGACCAGCUUACCGCGGUUGUGAACCUCCUGGCCCAAGGGCGGGCUUGUCCAAGCAUUGCUCCACUGCUCGCUGGUGCGGGGCUGGUGGCUUUGCCCAAGCCGUCUGGCGGUAUCCGCCCAAUAGCGGUAGGCGAGCUUCUUCGCCGCCUGACCGGCAAAUGCCUCAUGCAAGCGGUGCGGCCUGAGGCCCGGGACCACUUCUGGCCUGCCCAAGCAGGUGUUGCAGUGCCGGGCGGAGCUGAAGCUGCGGUCCAGGGCCUGCGAGCUUGGGUCAGCCGCCAUGCCGCUUCGCACGACUCGGUCGUGGUGAAGGUUGAUUUCCAGAACGCCUUCAACACUAUCAGCCGUGAUGUGGUCUUACAACAGGCCCGGGACAAGUUUCCCGCUCUGGCCCGCUGGAGCACGUGGUGCUACCAGCACGCCACCAACCUCCAGUUCGGCGACACGGUCCUCCAGUCCAACAGCGGAGUCCAGCAAGGGGAUCCCUUGGGACCCUUGCUCUUUGCGGCUGCUAUCCAUCCCCUGGCUGCAGCGCUUCGGACCACCGCCUUGGACUUUUCGGUGUUCUACUUGGACGAUGGGGUGCUGGCUGGGCCCAUUGAUGCGGUGACAGCUGCCCUGUCUCAACUUCAGCAGGUCCGAAGUGCCUAUGUCGCAGCCACAUCGUCGCCUAUGGCCGAGGCAGCCACACGGCCGAUGCAACCGUGGUAUGGCCGAUGCAGCCACGUCGUCUCGUCUAUGGCCGAGGCAGCCACAUCACUUGUCUCCAUUGUCCUCUUCGUCGUCAUCGUCGUCGUCUCCCAAAGGAUUCCAGACGUCGUCUUCUUCAUCUUCGUCGUUUUCCUCUUCGCCUUCCUCCUGCUCAUCCUUUGCGAUUUGGCCGAAGCAGCCAAGCUUCUGUGGCUGAAGCCUGAAGCCAUCGCUGUGGGCAUGACGCCUGCCGCGGCCAUUGCGGCCAAGCUACCAUCCCAACUUGUGAGCACCUCCGGCAACAAUCGCAUUCUCCAUGACUUGGAAUUUCUCGGGGCUGGCAUUGGUGGGCCCGAGUAUUUGCAAAGGCAUGCCACUGGUCGUACGGGCGUCGCCCGAGUUGAGGGUGCCCGCAAACUUUUGGAAGCCAUUGGUGCACUUGAAGAUCCACAGGUUGCCCUUCGGCUGCUGCGAGCUUCCGCUGGUUACGCAAGGCUCGUGCAUACCAUGCGGUGCUGCCCACCCGCUGGGCACGAGACUGCGUUGGAACAGUUUGACUACCUGGUGCAAGAAUGUUUCAGCUCCUUCACUGGUCUGCAUGUUGAGGCUUCUGCGUGGCAACAAGCAAGCCGUGGCUUGGGCCAAGCCGGCCUGGGGCUCCGCUCCACUAAGGUCCAUGCGCCAGGUGCCUACCUUGCCUCAGUUGGCGCUUGUGCCCGACUAUGUGGUGAGCUUGAUGGCGGGUACUGGUUAGACCAUUCUGGAGAUGUGGCCGCCGCUUUGUCGGCACUCAACGCUUGCCUGGACCCAACUCAGCAGCUCACUGCCGCCGCUGCCUUGGGGCUCACGCAGAAGGACCUCAGCCGCAGAAUAGAUGGUGCUGGGUGGCAGGCCCAACUCCACGCAGCUUCCGCCGUUGGCAAAGCCACGUUGUUGUCGGAGGCAACGCCUGGUGCUCGGGCCUUUCUGACCUGUGCGCCGUCCGGCCGCACACGCAUGGAGCCAGCGGUGUUCGUGGCUGAGAUCCGGGUCCGUCUGGGCAUUGCAGAAGCUGCUGCCGACACAUGGUGCCCCAAAUGCGAUGCCAUUCUGGACACGCAUGGGUACCAUGCUGGCAUGUGCAUGGCUGGUGGGGAGCGUACACUUCGCCACAACGCCCUUCGUGACCUGGUUCACAGUUGGGCCGAACGAGGAUGUCUUCGCCCUGAGCGUGAGAAGGCUGGCCUGCUUCUCCCACAACGACCUGAUGAUGCAGCCAGUGCCCGACGCCGCCCUGCGGAUGUGUUUCUCCCGUCCUUCCUUGGACGCCCAACUGCACUUGACUUUGCCGUCACGGCACCCCAGCGGUUGGACGCCCUUGGUGGUUCAGGAAACACUUCUGCUGCGGAGGCAUAUGGUGCCUACAAGCGCCGGCACCUGGACACAGCCGAUGCAUGCGCAGACCAGCACGUGACCUUCCUCCCCAUGGUGAUUGAAACCACGGGCGCUUGGGCGCCGGAGGCGGCCCAAGCCUUGGCUCACAUCAGCCGCGCUGCUGGAGGCGGCGCAGGCGGGCCCACUUUGCUGCAGGAAGCCUGCGUGCUGGUGCGUAGCUGGAGGGGCCGUGCUGCGCUGCGGCGCCGUGCUGAGCUCGUUGCUUGA